GUUUUGCUGACUUCUGCGGUAGCGGCAUAUUAAGCGUUUAGUUCAUGCGUACUGCGUAUCACGCGUGUUUUCUUCGCAUGCACGCGAAGAGCUAUGUUUGUGUAAAUCAACAUGCGCUAGUUUCUUUCUCAUAGACGCAGCACCGUUUAAUAUCGUCGCCGAUUUUAUCAUUCUACGAGAUGGCUGCGUUUUACCUAAAGUCCGUUUUCCAAUCCUUCUACAGGCGCAAGUUUAUCCGUCUCGGAGUACCGUUCAUGGUCUUUAUGGUCGGCGGAUCCAUAGGCCUCAAGCAGUUUACUUCAAUACGCUACGAGUUCAGGAAACAGGAGUUCACAAGAGAGGUUGCGGAAAAAGAGGGCAUUAAAAUGAAGGAUCCCGAGGAGUCCUCCAUAGAAGCUGUCUACAAGGAGAUACAGUCCGUCGACAUUGACAAUUGGAAGAACAUUCGUGGCCCUCGCCCAUGGGAGGAGGGAAACGAGUAUUACAAGCUUCUCAAAGAGCGUCAAAAAGCAAAGGAGCAACAGUCCAGCAACUCCUAGCAUCUAGUCUUAUCGAAUUGUAGGAUUUAACAUUACGCUGUACAGUAUAGCCUCUGUUUCCGUUGUUAGCCCUGCAUAAAGCACGUGCUUGUGCCUCUGUGCUCCCUUUGUACUGUUUGUACGUUUUUGAAUAUUUUUAACGAAUUUGUUACAUACCUUGAGGGCCCAGUGGGCAUUAUGGAGGAGGUUGGCUAAUAUACAGAGAAAUGAAACUAGAAACAGAAUUUGACAUCAUCAUCAAAAUUUGUUAAAGUGUUACAAGCUAGUGCACUUGAAUACAUCAGUUAAAAAGAAUGCAAUUAAAUAAAAAAAAAAAAGUUC